CGCUGCUGGGCGCGGGCGUGUGCGUGCGCGGCGGCUGCGCGCGCGCGGGCCGGGCGGGCUCGCUGCGCGCCGCCUACCGCGCCGUGCCGCAGGCGUCCACGUCGCGCGACCGCGCCUUAUAGUGACCGCCGUCGUCCACCGACUUCUAGUCGGUGCCGUGAGUGUAGUGUGUAGUGGCGCCCCACGACUGAAACACGUUUUUUAAACCUAUUUCGAUGAAACCCCAAUUUUCUAGACCGGGACCGUUUUAAAAUUGUACCUCCGUCUGCGGCUCGCAGCCGGUCCCCCGGUCGUCGCUGCGUGUUAUGAGUUACGAGUGCGAUCGGGGAGCCCUCUCGCCUAGACUCGUGUGUCUCGCUUGAAAUUUGUUUGUGAUGGAAUUGGCACAAAGGAGACUUCGAGUUACAUAGUCGCAUCGAGACAUCGCUCGAUGUAGUCGACCGUCAGGUGCGGUUUCGUGAGUUCUAAAGGGCUCCGAUGAUGAAUUGAUUUACUCUUAUGUAACAAAUUAGCAUUUACUUUUAGGACCGUCUUAUUUGUAGGAGCGAUGAGCACUGGACUUUGAUAUGUUAGUGGUACGUCACACGAGGAGGACCCAGGAUUGUCUAAUACUGCCACUAGAUUUCGCCUGUGAUUCACGUCCAUGUAUUUAUCUAGUCUUAUCGAUCUGUAGGAGCGGUUCGGCAAAAUAGAUUUGAUCACAACUGCUAUUAAUUGUGCCUCUAGUGUCAUUCGUGACGAUUUUUACAAAUACCCGAAUGGAAACUUUACACGUGCGGUAGUAGCCGGAGCUGUGUCGACCUCGAAGGGAGCAGUUCGUCAUCUAUUUUGCUAGACCGUUGUUUAUCCAUUGUAUUUAAACGUUAUUAUUUACCAAGUCUGAUUUUGAUGCUAGUCCAUUUAGUGUUGUAAGUAUUUAUUUGUAAUAUUAACGAGCAGCAUUCCUUAAGUAGUUUUUGCACAAAUAUUAGAUUAUUCGCAAACAAUAUUUUAUCUGUAUUUUUGUAAGCUUCUGCCCGUUACUUGGCACCCGGCGGCGUGUCCGGCUAUCCCUGUUCAUGAUGAUUUUUUAAUAUUAUUAUACAAUAAAUGAAUCAAUAUACAAAUGUAUGCAAAGGGUAAUUUUUACUUGUAAUCGACAUGUUUAUUGUGCUAAGAAUUCAGUAGACGAAAUGGAUCAUUAUAUUCAUAUAUAAUUAUAUAACUAUUUAUCCCGGCUGGAGGUGUUCGUCGAGUCGCCACUAGAAGCACGUGGCCGAGCCACCGUGGCGGCGCUGGUGUCGAGCGCCGACUUGCCGAACACCCGUGGAUGCGUCAUUGUGUACGCGACCUUUAUUUAAUGUGACGCUUGUGUUGGGUCAAAUAGUUUGCAUGACUUGUUUAUAGUACAUAUAGUUAACGGUAAGGGGAUUUCAAAAUAUACCAAAUAAGAAUUGUUAUAGGGUGUAAUUUUAUACUGUCUAAUCUGUCGUACUCGCGCUAUGAGCUUAGGACGUUUGUACCGUUGUUUGGUUGGUACCAAGCGGGAACUGGAAGGCCCCAACCCACUAUGGGCCAGGUUGAAGAAUAAAUACGUACACGUAACACAAACAGUGAACUUGGUCUAUUUGUAUUAUCUAACGUCUAAACAAACAAUAAUUUUGUAUUAAUUUAACCACUUGUUUCUAAUGUAGUAGCUGGUCCCCCUUUUAUUUAUAUUGUAUCGUACAUAUCACCAAAUGAUUCUUUGUGUACUUCUUACAUUCUUUGUAAGUGAUAUCUUGUAACGUAAGUGUUCCUUCACCACAAUCACACUUGUUAUUGGACACUUUUAAAAUGACUCUUCUGACUAUAAAUAUAUUUAUAAUUCUGCGGCCUCUCGGGUAUAUUUGUGAUGUACUGAUAUUUAUAUAUUCUGUGAAAAUUGUGUGACAAUUUGUACCGAAUAUUGAAGGUAAACAAGUCCUAGUGUAGUCCUUGUUGUAAGGGCAAGACUAAGAUUAUUGUUCAAUGUCACAGCGGGAUACUUUGUAUAAUCGCCGUGUGGGGCUUAGAGCUCGUGUAAACUGAUGAAUGUUACAAUAUGAAAAUAAUAUUUAUAACGAAUAAUUGACCAAAUUUUCUAUCUCAACUUUUUGUAACUGUGUAACACAACGGGCCGCAGAAAUGUUCAAUAAAUGUCUACGAAAGAGUACAUUGCUUUGUGUGUUGCAUUGUAUUGUAUAUUUCUUUAUAAGAAUUACAAAUGUUUUUCAAGAACCGGUGAUUGUAAUGUUUGAUCUCGAUGAAACUUGUGCGAGUAAGUUUUAAUUUUAAAUUUUAAUGAUAAUACAUAUAUGGUUUUUAUACAAUUGACGUGUUGUUAUUUUACUUUUGGUAUGUUUUAAGACAUUUUAUAGACAGUUUAAAUGGUAAAAUUAUGCAAUGAAUUAUUUGUAGCGUUCUUUACCCAGGACAUUGUUGAGACGUCAGUGUUUCGAAACCUAUCUCUGAAAUCAAUUAAUUUAACGAUAAUUGCCAUUUUAUCAGUAAAAUCAAAUCUGAUUACUCCGGAUCAUCCUUUAUAUUUUGACUUUGAAGUGUUUCUAAUUAAUGGAUUGUAGUUUUAUCUUAUCUUAGCAGACUUAACAUUUCAUCGUGACCAUAGCAGAUAACUUAGUUUCGGGUGAGUCCGUAAAAUGGAAAGUUCGGUGCAAGUAGCGGACAGGAUCGAUACAGAGCGCAAGAUCUUGUACAAGUACUAUUUAGAAAAUGACUUCUUUGUGUCGCCUGAAGGAAUUCUGAAAGUAUUAGCAACUGUAAGUAUUUUAUCAUCUGAUCGAUGCCGGACACGAUUGCCAUCCUUAAAGGAGACUGAUUUGUCAACUGCACGGGAAAUAUUACACGUUCGCGUGGGGCGGCUGGUGCGGCGCGGGGGCGCGGGGCGCGCGGGGGGCGCGGGCGGCGCGGCGCUGUGCGCGGGGGGCGUGCUCGCCGCGCUGUGCGCGCUGCGCGGGCUGCUCGCCGCGCGGGCGCCCCUGACGUGCUUCAUAACAGUCGAUAAUCUCACUGAUGAUGACGCUAUCUCUUUCAAUAAAUUAAAUAAAGAGUGGGCACCCUCCCCCUCAGGCGGCAUGCACAAAGCAAUGAUACAAUUUUAUUUCAAGACUUGUUUUUUAAGAUUUAUUCAUUCACAGGACAUAAUAUUAUCGACUGUGAUUGGAGUGUCGCUAUUGCUUGUUACCAUUCUGAGCUUCACCCUAUGUGAGCUACGACGUGCUGUCGACUAUGCAUACGGGCCGCUUGCAUUGAUAAGCUCAAUCUUAGUCAUUAGUAGUGUAGUGACGACAUACAUGUCAAUUUCUAAGAAAUGGGAUGCUGAAUCUGGAACAAGGACUAACUGUGAUAAUCCAACAACAAAUGAGUUGGAAGUUUGAGGAGUACAACAAAUUAUUUUUUACUCAUAGCUUUAUUUUAUUUUACAAAAAAAUUUUGUACAAAAUAAUAACAAUAUAAUAUAUGUAAAUAAACAGUAUACA